GUUUUUGGAAGUUGGUGCUACCCAGUCCAUACGACAGAGAUGGAAAAGAUUGCAAUUCUAGAUGCAGGUGCGCAAUACGGAAAGGUUAUCGACCGACGUGUUCGGGAGCUCUCUGUUUUUUCUGAAAUGUUGCCCAUCAACACUCCUAUCGAAAUGCUUAUGAAAGCUGAUUACAAGGCUUUUAUAAUCUCAGGCAGCCCUGACUCAGUUUAUCAGUCUGCUAGUUGCACAUGUGAUCCCAAACUCUUUGACGCAAACGUUCCUGUUCUGGGGAUUUGUUAUGGAAUGCAACUUAUUAACAAAAUGUUCGGUGGUCAAGUGAUGGAGGGCGACACUCGGCAAGAUGGCGUAUUUAAAAUUGACUGUGACACAACCUCCCCUUUAUUUGAAGGCUUGUCAAAACAGGAGCACGUAUUGUUUACCCAUGGAGAUCACUGCGUUACUGCCGCAUCAGGAUUUAAAGUCAUAGCCAAGUCUAGUUCCAACAUAGCUGGUAUCGCAAAUGAUGAAAAACGACUUUAUGGAGUUCAGUUUCAUCCCGAGGUGGAUCUCAGUACAUGCGGCUUGAAAAUUUUAAAGAAUUUUCUGUUCAAUAUAUGUAACCUUAAGGGAGACUAUAAAAUGAGUGAUAGGGUAGAAUUGUGCAUUUCAAAAAUACGUGAAGCCGUCGGUCAAAAUAAAAUCUUGAUUUUACUGAGUGGCGGCGUUGACUCCACUGUAUGUGCAGCCUUGCUAUCAAAAACUUUGGAUCCAUCCCAAAUCAUUGCUGUUCACAUUGACAAUGGUUUCUUAAGAAAAAAUGAAUCUUUAAGAGUGAUAGAAUCAUUAAAGUCAUUGGGAAUUAAAGUCCAUCUGAUCAAUGCAGGUCUUCGAUUCUUAUCAGGGACUACAAUGCUUCACGUCGAUGUAAUGACAGAGGCUUUGGCACCUGCUUCCGUCAGUCCUUCCAAAACACAAUCUGAUUCUGAAAUAAGCACAGGAACAUCAGACGAGACGUCAGAUCCAAAUACCAAAGAGUGCAGAUCGACGCUAGAUUCAAUGGCAUACUCCCAGUCUACGGAUACAUCUAACACUAAAAGACAGUCACAUGUCAGUGGUGGUGGAAUUCACCCACAUUUAGAAUCAAGAAACAUUCCCAUUGGACCUCUUAGGACAGUCACUAUUUUCCCCGAAGAUAAACGACAGAUUAUCGGUGAUACUUUUGUGCGUGUUGCCCAAGAAGUAUGGACUGAACUUCAGUUAGAUCCUAGUAGUUUAAUGCUCUGUCAAGGGACAUUGAGGCCUGAUCUAAUUGAAUCCGCAUCUAAUUUAGUAAGUCAACGAGCGGAUACAAUUAAGACUCAUCACAAUACAACCACAUUGGUUCAGAUUCUACAGAAGCAGGGUCGGGUUGUUGAGCCACUUUCGGACUUCCAUAAGGAUGAAGUUAGACAGAUUGGUAGGCAACUUGGACUUCCUGAGGCUAUUGUCAACCGACAUCCUUUUCCUGGUCCAGGUUUAGCAGUUAGAAUUUUGUGUGCUGCAGAACCCUACAUUGAACGAGAUUUUUCGGAGACAACAAGUCUUAUAAAAAUGAUCUCUGGAUAUCACCAAAUGUCGCAGAAGCCUCAUGCACUUUUAAACAAAAUCAAUGCUGCUGCUAGACCUGAGGAACAACAACGUUUAUCAAAAAUUACAGCAAAUCGGUCUCUAGCCGCUUAUGUUCUACCUAUUCGUUCAGUUGGCGUGCAAGGUGAUCAUCGUACUUAUAGUUAUGCUUGUGCUCUAUCUAGUUCAACUGCUCCAGAUUGGGAUGCCCUUUCGUUUUUGGCUAAUUUAAUACCUAGGAUAUGCCAUAAUAUCAAUCGCGUAGUAUAUAUAUUAGGACCACAAGUUGUUCAUCCAGUAAAUGAUAUUACAAUUACUUACCUUCGAGAACCUGUUAUCGAUACUCUUCGAGAAGUCGAUGAUAAGGUUAUGUCAGUACUUCAUAACAAUGGUUGUAUGAACAACGUUGAUCAAAUGCCAGUUGUUCUUAUACCGAUUCAUUUUGACCGUGAUCCAAGUCAAGUAGUAUCUAUUCCUUCUGUUUUACGGUCAGUUGUACUCAGACCUGUGAAAUCAGCUGAUUUCAUGACUUGUAUUGCUGCUGUUCCCGGUGUUCAUAUUCCAGAAGAUGUAUGUAAUUGUCUACAAUAUUAUUUGUUCUAUAUUUAUGUUAAUUUUAUGAAUGCAUUGUUUUUCUGUAUGUUUUAUGUUCGCGCGCCUAACUCAGUCAUAGUUUGUCAAAAUAGAUGUCAAAUAAUAAGUAACUGGUUGUUCAAAUUUCCAUGCUAGAUAAGCCUAAGUAAAAAAAGAACAAGAGAAAAAGUUAAAAACAAACAGUAUCUACGGUUUUCCAACCUCGGCAUAAUUUUAUAUCUAAGUUCGAAGUUUUGAACCAUAGGACCAAUACGAUUUUUAGGGUGAAUCCAAAAUACGUUGCUGAAGUGCAACAUACAUUCAUAUAAAACACGGAUUUUUAAAGUGUAGUGAAAAGCAGAGUGCAUUUAGAAUGUAGUAUAUUUACUCAAUGAAUUCCAAGCAAUGCGAUUACAAACUUAUUUAUCAAAUGAUUUUACGUGAAAAUGAAAAGAUGUGACAAAUAAAAGUUAUAAUUAGAAGCACUAGAAAGGAAAGAUAAUAUCAUGCAUAAACGAUAUCAUACUGUCACAUAGCGUCCAUACUUGUACAGGAUAGUAUAGGGUUUUUUAAAGCUUCUAGAUAAAUACGGGUUCUGAGAACCGUUAUGGACACCAUGAAUAGUAUUGUAAGAGAAAAUCUUUUAACAGAAUAAUCUGUGUUGACAGUUGCGAGAGAAUAUGAAGAGAAAAAGUAUUACAUGAUACUUUUAACUACGCUUCAUAAAAGUGUAUUCAGCCGUUUGGUGGUAUUUUACGUUCUGGUAGUAAGAUUGGAUAAACCUCAAAUGUUUUGAUAAAUUGUACAUGUAUUUCUAUUGUUUUCUGUUUUAUCCCACCAUUAACAUAUUUAUGACUAGAAAAAUAAUAGACAUUAGCAAAGCUAUAUAGGCUUACGUGUUUGACUGAAAAUUAUACCUCUGAAGAACGUUCACUUACUCAAUAAAUUAUUUUAUUCCAUUAUGUAACAAGAUUUCACCUAAUUUGUCCGGAAAAAGCUAUGAAUAAAUUUUAAUCUUCGUUAAGUGUCUACUAUAAGUAGUGUGAAAUUAUUUUGAAAACAUCUUUUUGAAGUUGGCAAUUAGACUUCAACAUAAUGCAACUAGAUAAAUCAACCACUGUUUCUUGCCUUCUUUGGUUUAUGCUAUAUCCACAAGGGUUACUGGGACCGAAGCGAGACUUCAAAGUGUUCAUUAUGAAUAAAUUACAUUUGAAAAAAUUUAAACAUUACCAAGUUUUGAUUUGAUAAUUUUGAAUAAAUUGAGCAUUGGGUAGAUAAAUAACCAAAUUCACAUUAAUCCGAGUUAACUUGGAUUUAUUCUCUGAAGAAGUGGCUUACACUGAGUCACAAAACGUCAGAAAAUCUAAUUUUUCUACUCAUUGGGAUAUUACAAAUAUAUUAUUUUCAUUUAUAUCAAAUGGAAAAUUGACCACUGCGGUUAACAAUCGGAAUCUAUAAUACAUAUGAUUGUAUCUGAAUUAAACCAUUUGUCAUGUUGGCCAUUUUAUCAUUACGCUUUUAAUGGUAGCUAUUGUUUUGAAAUAUUAUUGUAGUUUUCAGCUAAUUUAUCAACAUAAUCACUACUGUUGUACAAUAAGUAUUACUAAUUAUUAUACCUUUUAUGAAUACCAACAAUGCAAUUUAAUUGUACUUCAGUGAGUAUACAACAAAAAAGUUUGUAAUAUAACCUAUUAUUUAAGUGAGAAAUAUUUUUACCUUGUUAGUAUUUUGUAUUUGUGAACGUUAAUAUUAUCUCUAUCUAGAAAUGCUUAGCAUGUUUUAUCUUUGUGUAUAGGUUGUUUACAAAAUGCAGAAAGCUGCUGAGGAAGUACCUGGAAUAUCUCGAGUUUUAUAUGAUCUUACUUCGAAACCACCAGCAACCAUUGAAUGGGAGUAAUUAGUAAUAUUAUUCUUUUAGUGUGUGUUUGUAUGUGUGUAUGUGUCCAUUCUGUGUUUUUACGAUUUCUUCAAGAGAUUAUCCUCUAAUUUCUUCAUAUCUGCACAGUUAGCGUCAUAGUAACAAAGUGGAUUUCUCGACCAUGCGUUUAUGAUACUGUUGUUGUUGUUAUACAAUACAUUUUCGUUUGAACUUAUUUCAGUUCUCUACCAAUAAUGAAUUUAAAAAAUCUUACUGUAUAACCUGCUUUUUUUGUUCUCAAAAAUCCUGCUUUGUUUCUAUUCUUUAUCCUCUAUUCAUUAAAUGUAUAAGAUUUACUGAUUGAUAAAAAUGACUUGUUUUCUUUUGAAACAAAAAAUAUAGACACCUAAGUUAUUCAGUUGAAAGCUGUUCCCUUUUGUCAUAUAUCAUGUGCAGUGUUUUUGUACACAUGUAUGGAUCAGUAUCGUUAACACAUUGAUUAUUAUUAAGUUAUAAGUCAGUAUUAUUUUAUUCUGGAUAAUAAAAUAAAUCUUAUGUUGG